AUGUCAUCACCCUCCCAAUCAACUACAUCUCCUCACAAAGAUAGUUUUGAAAAUUUACAAGAAGAUUUGUCAUUCAUGGAUCCAUUUAGAUUUAUAAAUGGACGUAGAUUUCAUAAUGAAAAAAGUACGAUAAAUUAUUAUUUACCAAAUGAUUCUCAAGAAUCGGAUAGAUUAAAUAUGCAACAUUAUUUAUAUCGUCAUGUAUGGAAAGGAAAUUUCUCUUCUCCCAUGACAAAAGAAUUAACUGAAGGGAAUACAAGUGUGCUUGAUAUUGGGUGUGGUCCUGGAUUUUGGCUUCUUGAUAUGGCACAAAAAUAUCCUCUGUCUUCUUUCGUCGGAAUUGAUAUCUCUCCAACAUUUCCUUCACCUAAUCAAAUUCCUUCGAAUGCAAUAUUUUUACAACAUAACAUUUUAGAAACUGAAGGAUUGCCUUGGCCUCCGAACACUAUUAAUUUUGUAUAUAAAAGAUUUAUGGCAUUAUCACUUACUCAGAAAGACACAUUUAAGUUAAUCAAUGAAAUUGUUCGAAUUACUAAAAGUAACGGAUGGAUUGAAAUAAUGGAUUAUACUUAUUCUUUAAAAAAUUGUGUGAUAAAAUUUCACGAAUCGGAUAAUAUUAAAGUGCCUUCUAGCAAUGAUAUUAGAAAUUUAUUAGAAGGUAACGAAAGUAUCACAAACAUUCAAUAUGAAGAAAAAUGCACUCCAAUGGGGAAAUGGAGUGGUCGAAUCGGUGAAAUU